AUGGCCUGUGCAUUGAAGAAUACCGCUGCUUUCGAAGGGUGUGAAAAACUAUAUCUCAACGAAGAUUUUGCUGACGUUAAUUUCGUGUUCAACGUUUAUGACGAGUGUGAAAAGGUUCCGGCAAACAAAGCCAAUUUAGCUGUUCUCAGCCCAGUGUUCAAAACGAUGUUCUUUGGGUCGUUGCCAGAGAAAGGAGACGUUCCCAUCCCCGAUGCGGAUGUCGAUGCGUUCAAGGAGUUUCUGCAGAUUUUCUACCUGGGUAAAGUGAGUUUGACCAUGGAAAAUAUCGAGACCGUUGUUCAUUUGGCCGACAAAUACGAUGUCCUCGAACAUGUCAACGCUUGCGCCGUGUUUCCUAAAGGCCAACUAACAUUGGAUAACAUGUGCUGGGGCUAUCAGUUGGCCGUUAAUCUCAAACACAAAGACCUGAUUGAGUUCUGUGAGGACCAAAUCGCCAAGUCGCCGAAGGAAGUCUUCACCACCGAUGCAUUUCAACGCUGCGGAAAAAGCACUUUAAAGCGAAUUUUGGAGCUGGGUUUGAUCUGCGACGAAACCGAUAUAUUUGAUGCCUGUUUGACGUGGGCCAAAUACGCAUGCGAGAGAAACGAUUUGGAUGUAGCAGAUGCGGUGAAUUUGAGAACUCAACUCGGCGAUUGUUUGAAUUUAAUUCGAUUUGGCUUGAUGAAAAUUGGAGAAUUUAGCAAAAUUUACAUGUUGCAUAAAGGACUAUUCACGUCUGAGGAAUUUGAAGAUAUUAUUCUUAUAUUGACGUCACCGGAAUAUGAACCAAAAAUAUUCAGUCGAAUUUCAAGACGUCUUCAUAUGGGAUCCAACUAA